UACCUCCAAAUAAUAUCUCUCCAUUAUUCAACCCUUUCACACAUUAUCAUCAGUUCCCACGUUCCUGCUGUCACUACAUCAUUGCAACCAGAUUCCAUUCCUCCAUUUGCAAUUCCAAACACCACUCAAACCUUCUCUUCAAUCUCACUCCCUAACCCAGCCCCAUAUGGACCGAUCACCUUCAACAAUCGAGCAAGAACACGACUCACAAAACGGCACCGCAGCAUCAAAGCGGAGCACAGAACCAACAGAAUACGAUUCGAUCGAAAGAAUAUUCGAGAGCAGAAAGGUUCCAUCAUGGCAGAACCAGCUCACACUGCGUGCAUUCGUAGUGAGUUUUGUUUUGGGGAUUCUGUUCACGUUUAUUGUUAUGAAGCUUAACCUGACCACUGGAAUUAUUCCGUCGUUGAAUGUGUCUGCUGGACUGUUGGGGUUUUUUUUCGUGAAAACAUGGACCAAGUUUCUAGGAAAAUCUGGGUUGUUGAAGCAGCCGUUUACGCGACAGGAGAAUACUGUUAUUCAGACGUGUGUUGUUGCUACUUCUGGCAUCGCGUUUUCUGGAGGGUUUGGUAGUUACUUGUUUGGGAUGAGUGAAAGAAUUGCCAAGCAAUCAAAAGAAAGCAUCUCAUCACAGAACACCAAGGACCCUUCUCUUGGAUGGAUGAUUGCUUUUCUUUUUGUUGUUAGCUUCCUCGGACUCUUUUGCGUCGUCCCUCUUCGCAAGAUCAUGAUCAUCGACUUCAAACUCAUUUAUCCAAGCGGCACUGCAACCGCUCACCUUAUUAACAGUUUCCACACCCCGCAGGGUGCCAAGCUAGCCAAGAAACAAGUGAGGACUUUAGGAAGAUUCUUCUCCUUCAGUUUCGUAUGGGGUUUCUUCCAGUGGUUCUUUACAGGCGGAGAUAACUGCGGAUUUUCAAACUUCCCCACACUUGGUCUUGAGGCCUAUAAAAACAAGUUUUACUUUGAUUUUUCUGCGACGUAUGUUGGUGUGGGGAUGAUCUGCCCGUAUCUUAUCAAUGUAUCGUUGCUGGUCGGAGCCAUCCUUUCAUGGGGUGUUAUGUGGCCGCUUAUAAACGAAAAGAAGGGCACAUGGUAUCCUGCAGAUCUCCCCGACAGCAGUCUCCAUGGCUUGCAAGGUUACAGGGUAUUCAUCGGCAUAGCCAUGAUCCUCGGUGACGGUCUCUACAACUUCGUUAAAGUCCUCGGUCACACUUUAUUCGGCUUAUAUCACCAAUUCACUCAAGACAGAACCAAAGUAGACACCAUCACCGGUAACUCAUCCCCUGAUCUUCCUUCGCUCUCAUACGACGACGAAAAACGCACACGUCUCUUUCUCAAGGACCAAAUCCCCACGUGGAUCGCGAUCAUUGGCUACUUAACCAUUGCCAUUGCCUCCGUGGUUACUCUCCCACACAUCUUCCACCAACUCAAGUGGUACUACAUUGCUGCUAUUUACGUCUUCGCCCCUGCUUUAGCGUUCUGUAACGCUUAUGGAUGUGGGUUAACGGACUGGUCCUUAGCAUCAACCUAUGGGAAGCUUGCGAUUUUCGUGAUCGGAGCGUGGGCUGGCGGCUCAAACGGUGGUGUACUAGCAGGACUAGCCGCGUGCGGGGUCAUGAUGAACAUUGUCUCGACUGCAUCCGACUUAACACAGGACUUCAAAACCGGUUACAUGACAUUGGCUUCACCGCGGUCCAUGUUUGUGAGCCAAGUAAUUGGGACCGCAAUGGGCUGCAUUAUCUCCCCAUGUGUGUUCUGGCUGUUUUACAAAGCUUUUGAUGAUCUCGGAAUCCACGGUUCCGAGUACCCCGCACCCUACGCCAUCAUUUACCGAAACAUGGCGAUUUUGGGUGUCGAAGGGUUCUCGACAUUGCCCCACGAAUGCCUCGUCCUUUGCUAUGCAUUCUUUGGAUUCGCUAUUGCGGUCAACGGGCUUAGAGACUUGUUAGGGAAAAACGUAGCGAAGUUCAUCCCGAUUCCAAUGGCAAUGGCGAUUCCGUUCUACAUUGGAGGUUACUUUGCUAUUGACAUGUGUGUUGGAAGUUUGAUAUUGUUCAUCUGGUCAAAGAUCAAUAAGGCGAAAGCGGCUGCAUUCGGGCCUGCGGUUGCUUCGGGUUUGAUUUGUGGCGAUGGGAUAUGGACGUUACCAAGCUCGAUAUUAGCUUUAGCGGGUGUUAAUCCUCCGAUUUGCAUGAAGUUUCUGUCAAGAUCAACUAAUGUUAAAGUUGACAAAUUCCUAGGUUUGUAACAAGAGUUUAAGAGGAGUUAAAUCUUUAUAAGUUUCAAAGGCGUGACUAAAAGUAUACAUGGGUGAUCCAUUUAAAGGUAACAUUGUGUAAUAUCCGUGAAUGAAAAGAAAUGAAAGAAUGUGUAUUAGUUUAUAAUGUAAACAAUAGUUGUCAAUAGACAAUCAAUAUCAAUGAAGUUUCUUCCCUUGUUAAAA